CGGUACAGAGGAAUGGUGACAGCUGAGGGACACGGACACUAUACAUAGCUGCAGCCAUGAAGGAAAUCAUGGCAAGAGAAAAAGAGAAGCUCCAGUGUCUGAAGGAUUUCCAUAAGGACACCCUUAAACCUUCACCAGGAAAAAGCCCGGGUACCCGACCCGAGGAUGAGGCUGAAGGGAAGGUCCCUCAGAGGGAAAAGUGGGCCAGUAAGCUCGACUUCGUCCUGUCUGUGGCCGGAGGAUUUGUAGGAUUAGGCAAUGUGUGGCGCUUUCCUUACCUUUGUUAUAAAAAUGGUGGAGGUGCAUUUCUCAUCCCUUACUUCAUCUUCCUGUUUGGAGGUGGCUUGCCCGUGUUCUUCCUGGAGGUCGCACUGGGCCAGUACACCUCUGAAGGGGGGAUCACUUGCUGGGCCAAGCUCUGUCCCAUCUUCACUGGUAUCGGCUAUGCUUCCAUUGUGAUCGUAUCUCUUCUGAACGUCUACUACAUCGUGAUCUUGGCCUGGGGACUCUACUACCUCUUUCAAUGCUUUCAGCCCGAGCUCCCUUGGGCAAAAUGCAACCAACCCUGGAACACGGAGAACUGCAUCGAGGACACAGUCCGCAGGAACAAGACCCUCUGGAUGGCAGCCAACGCUACCAACUUUACUUCCCCUGUCACAGAGUUCUGGGAACGCAACGUCCUGAGCAUCUCCACUGGGAUUGAGGACAUCGGACCCCUGAAGUGGGAUUUAGCCCUGUGUCUCCUGGUCAUGUGGAUUAUUUGCUUCUUCUGCAUUUGGAAAGGAGUCAAGUCCACAGGAAAAGUUGUGUAUGUGACCGCAACGUUUCCAUUUGUGAUGUUAAUCAUACUGUUGGUGCGUGGCGUGACUCUACCUGGAGCAGCUGAAGGGAUCAAAUUUUAUCUUUACCCUGACCUAACUCGUCUCCAGGAUCCAGAGGUUUGGAUUGAUGCAGGAACCCAGAUUUUCUUUUCCUAUGCAAUUUGCCUGGGAGCCAUGACAUCGCUGGGGAGCUACAACAAGUACAAGUACAACUGCUACAGGGACUGUUUGCUGCUGGGAGGCCUCAACAGCGGUACCAGUUUUGUGUCUGGCUUCGCAAUAUUUUCCGUCCUGGGCUUCAUGGCACAAGAACAAGGGGUGGACAUUGCCGAUGUGGCAGAGUCAGGUCCUGGCUUGGCCUUCAUCGCCUACCCUAAAGCUGUAUCCAUGAUGCCACUGCCAACCCUGUGGGCCAUCCUCUUUUUCAUCAUGCUACUGCUUCUGGGCCUGGACAGUCAGUUUGUUGAAGUGGAAGGACAGAUCACCUCCAUUGUGGAUCUCUACCCAUCCAUUCUCAGGAAGGGUUACCGCAGAGAGAUUUUCAUAGCAGUUAUGUGUUUCAUGAGUUAUCUCCUGGGACUCGCCAUGGUGACGAAAGGUGGCAUGUAUGUGUUUCAGCUCUUUGACUACUAUGCAGCCAGUGGUGUGUGCCUUCUGUGGGUUGCAUUCUUCGAGUGCAUUGCUGUAGCCUGGGUUUAUGGAGCUGACAAUUUCUAUGACGCAGUUGAGGAUAUGAUUGGCUACAGACCAAACCCAUGGAUGAAAUGGAGCUGGACCAUAAUCACUCCUGUCCUCUGCAUGGGCUGCUUCAUCUUCUCUCUGGUGAAGUACAGGCCCUUGACCUACAACAAGGUUUAUGAGUAUCCUGAAUGGGCAAUUGGUGUGGGUUGGUGUCUUGCUCUAGCCUCCAUGAUCUGCAUCCCCAUGGUGAUGGUCAUCAAGAUCCUGCAGUCUGAGGGACCCCUGAUUGAGAGAAUCAAAGCAGUGGCAGCUCCGGCAAAGUCGGACGUGAGCUCUCGCCCGAAAGAGUACAGUCUGAAGUGCAGCGAGCUGACGCAGCCCCUGGACCCAAACGGGAACAAUGGCUUGAUCAAGCCCACCCACACCGUUGUAGAAACAAUGAUGUGAGCGCUCUCUGUGAGAGGAUUAUGACUGAUGUGCUUAUUGUGUUAUAUUUGCUAACUUUGAUAAGGGUAGGUUUACAUUGUUCAAUAUAUUCAUAUUAGAGAUACUCUGGUUUGAUUUUUAUUGAGAGAUAUAUAUAAAUAUAUAUAUAUAUAUAUAUAUAUUGUAAUUUCUUUUUUACUCUACUGAUAUUGUUGAUGUUACGAUUGUCACUGUAGCUGGCACUGAUCUCAUUUUGGGCAGUAUUUUAGGAAAAAGAAAGAAAAAAAAAACAUGUUUAAUGUUUACUACCUAUCUAUCUGUUGAUUCCAGAGAAAUUGGUGGGAAAAUUGUGUUUUGUUGUAAAAGGAAGAAAGAGGAAAUACUCACUUCAUUUAAGCCACUGUAAAAAUAAAUGUGCCAUGUCUGAAUGGUGCAUUCAUGAAACAAUAACGGGCAACAGAGUGUAUAAAUCUCAUUUUAUUGGACAUCUUUGUUCUAUACUGAACAACAAACAUUCUCUAUCACAAACGGUGUAGGCACAUUUUUUUAAAUAUUUAAAAGAGAAAGAGUAAGGAGAAAAGGGAAGAGGCAGUUUAGAGUACUCACACACUGCCUCUGUGACUACCACGGUCAGCCCCAGUGCAUUUAUUGAAACCGUUCUUUGCACUUUAUACGUCAUUUUACUUUUAUUGUAGUAUUUGUGCUUAUUGUGCAAGGUUUUUGCACUUACUUUGCAAUUCAUUUCAGGAGGAAAUAACUUUAGCUUCUAACGUUUUGAUCUUGCAAAAUUUGGUACAGAGUAUAGUUGCCUCUGUUACAACAAAGGCAAGGCAUCAAAUACUCUGAUUUAUUACUAGUGGGAUCGAUGAGAACAGCACUUAAACAUGUUACUUGUUUUUGUAAACCGGACAUUAUCUUUUUUUUCUUACUCAUUUCAGAAGCAGGUGAGCUCUACAGAACUGGAUUUCAGUUUGAGAUGUAGAGCCAAGUUUGUGUUGUAGAAUUUGAAAUGUUUUAAAUCACUUUAUGCCUUUUUCUAAUGAUUUUUUUUUUUACUGUAAAUUAUCUGAGAAGCAUUGAUAAUUCUCUAACAAAAGCUCAUCAUUAGGUUUCUUUAUGUCAGUUCUUUUGAAACUGUUCCUGAGUGUGACCACCGAAAAAAAAUGGGGGUAUUUUAUUUUAUUUAUUUUUUCCGUUUUGGAAAGCUCAGCAGUGAUACUUAUGAAAUAAACAACUUGCACAGAUGGAUAUAAAAUUUAAAUAAACUUCAGAAAUGUGCAGUACAUUCUGCGUACUUGGAAAUUCAAAUGAACCAAAGCAUUUUUUUAAUCUCACAGUAAUCCCCUUCAAGAUGCACAUUGCAUUGUUUCUGUGCAGGUGCAUCUAUAAAAAUUUGAAUAUUGUGAAAAAGUUAAACUGUUUUGUCAUCAUUUCAGAAUAUGAAGCUCAUAUCAUAUAGUCAUUACACAUAUAAAUAGUUCAAGCCUUUACUUCUUGUAAUUUUGUUGAUUAUGGCUUACAGAUGAGGAAAAAACUAAAUUCAGUGUCUCAGAAAAAUUGAAUAUUCCACAGCCAGCUUUUGUUAUCUUUGUGGGCAGGAGUCAAGUCCUGCUGGAAAAUUAAAUCAGCUUCUCCAUAAAGUUCACCAGCAGAAGGAAGCAUGAUGUCUCUAAAAUGUCCUGCUAGAUGCUGUGUUGACUGUGGACUUGAGAAACCCCAGUGGACCAGCACCAGCAGAGGACAUGGACCCAAAUCAUCACUGACUGUAGAAACUUUAUUCUAGACUUCCAGCAAUGUGGAUUCUGGUCCCCCUCACUCUGGGACCUUGAUUUCUAAAUUACAUGAACAUUUACUUUAACCUCCUAGGACCUGGCAUCCACAUAUGCAAGAGUUUGGGUCUUAGGAGGUAAAUCUGAAAAGACCGCUGAGUAACAGGCCAGUUCUUUGUCUCCUGCAGGUAAGAUGCUUCUGAUGUUGUCUCUGGUU